UGAGAGGCUAGCGUUAGCGGCUAGCUAGUUGCGCAGUAGCAGCGUCGCCUCGGCAGCUAGUGCGCGUCGCCGAUGCCUUAGAACUCCGCUUUCUGCUCCCCCGCCGGACCCCGGGAUGCUGCCCGCGGCCUCCACAGGACCCUCCUAGACUCUGCAUGGCGACGGACUGGCAGCAGAGGGAGUGAGCAGCCAAUCAGCCAAAGGCCGGCGGUAGCAACAUGGUGUCCCGACAGAGGAACUCGGUGCGGAUCCUGUCGAGCCGGGAGCGAGGCUCCCAGAGCUUCGGCUCCCAGAGGCUCCUCCAGCUGCUGGUGGAGGAGAAAGUCCGCUGGAUGAAAUGGCAGAGUCAGAAAGUGGAGCUGCCGGACAGCCCUCGGUCUACGUUCCUGCUGGCAUUCAGCCCCGACAGAACCCUGAUGGCUUCCACUCAUGUCAACCAUAACAUUUACAUAACGGAGGUGAAGACUGGAAAGUGCCUACAUUCCCUGGUGGGCCACCGUAGAACCCCCUGGUGUGUGACCUUUCACCCCACCAUCCCCGGCCUGGUGGCCUCCGGGUGCCUUGAUGGAGAAGUCCGUAUCUGGGACCUUCAUGGCGGCAGUGAGAACUGGUUCACAGAGAGCAACGUGGCCAUAGCGUCGCUGGCCUUCCACCCGACCGCUCAGCUCCUCCUCAUCGCCACCAACAACGAGCUGCACUUCUGGGACUGGAGCCGGCCGGAGCCCUUCGCCGUGGUGAAGACGGGCAGCGACACGGAGAGAGUCCGGCUGGUGAGGUUUGACCCUCUUGGUCACAAUCUACUGACGGCCAUCGUGAAUCCGUCCAACCAGCAGAACGACGAGGACUCGGAGGUUCCCAUGGACAGCGUGGAGAUGCCUCACUUCCGUCAGCGCUCCUUCCUGCCGUCCCAGCCGGUCCGCCGCACGCCCAUCCUCCACAACUUCCUCCAUAUCCUGUCGUCUCGCUCCCCGGGCGCUCAGACGGGAGGCGAGCCGCCGCCUUCCACCUUCUCCUCGGCCCGUACGGAGCCCCGGCAGCCCUCGGAGCGGCCCUCCGCCUUUACCUCAGUCUACUACAGCGCCGGCACUUCUCUGAACCCCCCUGCACCGAGCGCCGUGGAGCCGCUCUCCACCUCCAGGCCAGGACCCGACUGGACACGCAACCUUCUUAGUAUGCGUGAAGGUGGGGUGGGUCCAGGUAUGCUGCCUCCCAGGACCUCCUCCUCCUCCAUCAGCCUGCUCUCAGUGCUCCGUCAGCAGGACGGCUCCUCUAACUCCGUCUACACCUCCGCCUCCGAGGGACGGGGUUUCCCCAACAAGGAGAGCCGGGGAGGGGACGGCUCUCGCAGCAACACGGCCUCCUUCCGCAACGUGCUGCAGUGCAACCUGAGCCGCUACUUCAUGGAGUUUGACCGCAUGCAGGACCUGGAGCCGCCACUGGGGGCGGCAUGGCCGAUGGAGCAGGAGCCGAGCCAAGAGCUGUUGAAUAAUAACAUGGACCCAGAUAGAGCUGGGCCUUCCUCCUCCUCCACCUCCACCCCUACUAUCAUCCACUACCAGCCUCCUCUCCCUCCUCCUCCCGCCCCCCACAACCUGGAGAACAAUGUUUCCCCGGCCUCCCGAGGUCAUCUGAACCGCUGCCGGGCCUGCCACAACCUGUUGACCUUCAACCAUGACUCUCAGCGCUGGGAGCGAACUAACCAGGCCUCCUCCACCUCUGCCUCUACUCUGGAGCCCUCCUCUUCUUCCUCAUCCACCUUUCCUUCAUCUUCUUCUUCCCCUUGGCAGCCGGAGGAGGGCAGGAGGCCACUAGAAGCCCAACCCCAGGAGACUAGGGCGCCUCCGGAGCCCAGCGAGCAGCCCCCUACCCCCGGAGGUGGAGUUGGAGGAGCAGGAGCUGUGCCCUUCCCGAUCGCCCCGACCCCCACCCAGACCGGAGAGCAGACCGUGGGCUUGGUGUACAACCAGGACACGGCGCAGUGGGAGAGGGUGUACCGGCAGGCCGCUGCCGGCAGAACAGCAGAGCCACCGGAGGCCUUAAGCCAAGAAAUGCCUGUUGACCCCCCCGACGAGGACUCCCUGAGGAGGCGACUGUUGGAAUCAUCUCUGUUAUCGCUGUCUCGCUACGACAUGUCGGGGUCAAGAGACCACCCCAUUUACCCUGAUCCUGCCAGGCUCUCUCCAGCUGCUUACUACGCCCAGAGGAUGAUCCAGUACCUGUCGAGGAGGGACAGUAUUCGCCAGCGUUCGCUUCGCUACCAGCAGAACCGCCUUCGGGCCAUGUCGUCUUCAUCGGACAGUCCUGCCAGUAACCCGUCCAGCACCAUGGACAACAGCGAUGUGGACUUUGAGGAGCUGGAUGAUAACGGAGACCGAGCAAGGCACCGGACUCCACGGAACGCCAGGAUGUCGGCUCCGUCUCUGGGUCGCUUCGUCCCGCGGCGUUUCCUCCUCCCUGAGUACCUGCCCUACGCCGGCAUCUUCCAUGAGAGAGGGCAGCCCGGCCUGGCAACACACUCCUCCGUCAACAGAGUGCUCGCUGGAGCGUCCAUCGGGGACGGUCAGUCUGCGGUGGCCAGCAACAUUGCCAACACCACCUAUCGUCUGCAGUGGUGGGACUUCACCAAGUUUGAUCUGCCGGAGAUCAGCAACGCUUCGGUCAACGUCCUGGUGCCAAACUGUAAAAUCUACAACGACGCGAGUUGUGACAUCUCAGCGGACGGCCAGCUGCUGGCGGUCUUCAUUCCCAGCAGCCAGCGGGGUUUCCCAGACGAGGGCAUCCUGGCCAUCUACUCUCUGGCUCCACACAAUCUGGGAGAGAUGCUCUACACCAAGAGAUUCGGUCCCAAUGCUAUCUCUGUUAGCUUGUCUCCGAUGGGCUGCUACGUGAUGGUGGGCCUGGCCUCUCGCAGGAUCCUGCUGCAUCCCACCACCGACCACAUGGUGGCGCAAGUCUUCCGCCUGCAGCAGCCCCACGGAGGAGAGACCUCCAUCAGGAUGGUGUUCAACGUGGUUUACCCGAUGGCUCCAGACCAGCGGCGUCACGUCAGCAUCAACUCUGCCCGCUGGCUGCCGGAUCCAGGGAUGGGUCUGGCCUACGGGACCAACAAGGGAGACCUGGUGAUCUGCAGGCCCGUGUUCUACCGUAGCGACGGUGAGAGCCCUGCAGAGUCAAGCAGCGAGCCUUUGUUCUCCGUCAACAACAGUGGAACCAGCCGGACCCGAGGUUCUGACCGACCCGGUCCCAAUCGCUCCGGCUGGAGGCUGGACAGAGACAUGGGUCUGAUGAACGCCAUCGGUCUUCAGCCCCGACACCCGACCCCGUCAGUGACAUCACAAGGAACCCAGACGCCCAUCAUCCAGCUGCAGAACGCCGAGACCCAAACAGAGAGGGACCUAUCGGAGCCCAGCGCCCCGCCACCUGCAGCCAAUGUUCCUCAUGAGACUCCGUCCACCAGCCGAGCAGCUCCCGGGCAGCCGGAGGCGUCUCAGAGCAGCAGAGCGGCGGACGGCGUUCCGGGUGAAGCAGCGUCGGCGGAGGCCAACACCUCGACAGCUAGCACUGGAGAGUCUCCAGAGUUCGGCUCGGGUGAAGACGCUCUGGCUCGGAUCCGCCGGCUGAUAGCGGAGGGCGGUAUGACGGCGGUGGUGCAGCGGGAGCAGAGCACCACCAUGGCGUCCAUGGGCGGCUUCGGCAACAACAUCAUCGUCAGCCACCGCAUCCACCGCGGCUCCCAGACCGGCGCGGGGGCCUCCAGGCCGCCGGUGGAUCCCUGCAUGACGGGCCCCUCCACCUCAGGGCCGCUGCUCCUCACCCAGACCUACGCCCCCCAGCCCUCCGGCCUCUCUCUGGUGGACUUGGACGACGACUCCCUGCCGGGCCCCUCCUCCUCCUCCAUGCUGCUGUCUUCCCCCUCCUCCUCCUCCUCCUCCUCCCACAGCCCCCUCCCCGGCGGUGGGGGGGGCUCCUCCAACAGUUACCCCGGCGACCCGUACAGCAGGUAGUCCUCCUGUUGGUCCAGAGGAGCCGAGCUGCUCCUCAAAGCCUUAUCUCUCAGACAUGGGUGCUGCUUUGACUCUGCACAGGGUCUCCCGCCUGGAACAGAAGGGACUCAAGAAACCCCCCCCCAUCCCAUCAGUGGCGUCGGCGUGCGCUUCCUCUGACCUUCUACAAACUGGAGCUGAACCGCCAUCAUUCCUCGCCACAAAGGGCUUCUACUUGAACGGAGUCAGCGGAGCUCCUCUCUGAAGUAUCAGCAUGAUGGAGGAGCAGGUUCAUCAAAGUGCCAUGUCUGUGGGGGGGGGCUUCACACACACACACACACACACACACACACACACAUUUACUCCAACGUUCUGCAUUCGGUGCCAUGUGUCGUUGACUUUGAUGUGAAUAGUGAUUGAAGUGUUUCAACAGUGAGUUCAGCACUACUUUAUUUUGUACCGCGUGAUAUUAUGAUGUUAAAGAAGAAGAGAUGGAGGCUGGACUCCAUCAGGACUCCAUCAGGACUCUAUAUGGACUCUGAAUCCUUAAUCAUGACUGCAUCCUGACUAAAUCCUGACCCGUGAUCCUGACCCCUGACUCUAAGUCCUGGGGGGCUGUGAGACGAGCGUCUGCUGACUGAACUGAAUCGACUGCAUGUCUUAGUAAAACGCUGCAGUUCAUGAAACGAACACGCCGAACAUGUUCCUCUUCUGAAGGCUGAAGAGGAGACGAACACUUCCUGUUUGAGGAGAGACUCUUGAUGCUGCUCCAACCCCCCCACCCACAGACAACAACAAACACCAACCCUGUUGCACUAAAGUGUGUGUUUGUUGGAGAGGCCGACAGGAAGUUAAUCUCCUGAGUGAGCAGCUAAAUAUCUACGACGGGACCAUCGUAGGAAAACAUAUUAAUUAUUAAGGAGAAAGGACUCUACACCUACUGGAUAAAAGAUGUACAGUUACCAGAAAAAACUCAAAUGUUGUUGCAGGUUUAAGUCACAGGCUUAGAGACAGAGUGUGUGUUGGGGGGGG